CAAUUUUAGAAAGAAGACAAGACAAGAGUACAACAAUUUUGGAAUUAAAUAAGCACCAAAUUAGAUGACUAUUGACUGAAAACACGAUUUUUGUUUAAAUAGGCUACCAAAUUAUUCCCCGUUAAGAACGCGAUUCUGCUUAUGAGAGUGAAUCACUUUUCCAUUAUUCAGGAUUCGCCUUGAGGGAAUAAUUACAAAAAAGAAAGAUACUCAGAAACGGCCCUUUUCCAUUUCGCCGAUCGGCGCUCGGACUAGAACCCGUCGCUGCUAGUCCCUCCGCCGCCAUACAGCGGCGCCGUCCGCUGACGUCUGAAAAUGGUUACGACAAGAACUAAGAUGUCUAGAACGUCGUCCUCGGCUUCUGCUUCUUCCAAAACUGACGGGAAAUUGGCUCCGACAGUGAAGUCUGAGAAAACGAAGAAGACUGGAAGGAAGGCCAAAACGACGACGUCGAAGAGAAGGGUGGCGAAAAUUGAUGCCAUGAAGCCUAAGAAACCCCCGACGGCUUUUUUCUACUUCUUGGAGGACUUUCGUAAGGAAUACCAAGAGCAGAAUCCAGAUGUCAAGUCAAUGCGUGAUAUUGGCAAGGCAUGUGGUGAGAAGUGGAAAACAAUGACUUAUGAGGAAAAGGUGCAUUACUAUGAUGUUGCUACGCAGAAACGAGCUGAGUUUGAUGUAGCUAUGGCCGACUUCAUCAAAAGAAAGGAAAGUGGGGAGUUUGAUGAGGCUGAUUCCGACUUUGAUGAUGACUCAGAGUUUGAUGGAUAGAAUUGCAAUGGUGGAUAUAUUUUGUAAUUUUCUGUAUCUGUAUCACUGUAUCAUUUCUUGUACAUUGGCUCAAGCAAGAUCUCAGAAACUAGGUGAUUCGUUUUUUAGUAGUUUUACUCUGGAUAUUUAAGGACAAAUGUUCAGAAUCUUACAUCUCAGUUCUAAGGCUGCAUCUCUCCUCAUGAUUC